UGGUGUUGAAGGAAAACAGAAAACACAACGAGCCAAGCACCGAGCAGUAAUGUUUUGCUUACAAACUCUUGUUAGUCUUUAUCGCAGGAAAUGAGGAGUCGGCGUGCUCUGACGAUAAAAGUGAGUCCCUCUGGUUAGAACUCAGAACUCACCUGGUCAGUGUGCCUUUUGCGACAAAGUGGACACGACAACACGAGUAACUAGCAUGGAAGGCUACUUGGAAAACUUGGCUGCAGACAAUGCCGCCUUGAAGAGGAAACUUCAAAGUAAGACGGAGGCGUUGUUUAUCUUGACCAAAGAGUUGGACGACAGUCGAAAGCAGAGAGACCAGUUCAAGUUGAUGGCUGAGCAACUUCAGCAGAGGUAUUCUGCUCUGAAAAAGAAGCCCUACUCGCAUCUAGGGCAGGCCAUGCUUUUACUUCCCUCCGGUGAUGUUCAAGAGGAGAAAAAUAAAAGUUUAAAAUUGGAGAAUGAAGAGUUAAAGCAACAACUUAGAGAUGCUUAUGGAGAUAUGAAGGCUCUACGAGCACAAAUCAGCAUUCUAAAAAGCGCGCCUUUGAACAACAAACAAAGUGGAGUGUUUCCUGCCCACCAAAAGGAAGAAAUGGUUCAACAAAUGGAAGCCAUGCAUAUCAAGAGUGUUCAACUACGUCAAGACCUUCAAUCAAUGUUAGAUGAGAAAGAGGAACUUAUUGUCCAACGAGACACACUUCGUGGAAAGGUACACAGGCUUAAUUACGAAUUAAAGCAAGCUUUGCUUAGAAAAGGAAGCAGUAGCAGUUCGAACAAUAUCAUCGACAUUGAUUCACUGGUUGCUGAAAAUUCGUUUUUGCAUGACAGACUCCAGCAAAUGGAGCAGGAAAAACAGAUGGCUGAACAUAACUUGAAUAAAUAUAAGAGUGUUGUCGAGAAAUCUAGAACCAAAGGAGCCAUAAAAUUAGGAACUGGUGGAAAUGGAGGUUUAGUUGUAUCUCAAAAGCAAGUCCAGCAACUCUUUCUCCAAAAUGGUGACUUUCCUCAAACGCCAGCAGCCCAGUCUGACCUUCAUAGUUUGUAUUUAGCUUUGCUUGAGGCCUUAAAUGACAAGAAUGUAGCUCUUGCCCAUCAAAAGAAAACAAACCGGAUUUUGGCAAAACGAAUAGCUGAACUGGAACGCAGACUAGGAGCUCUUGGCGAUGAUGCAUAUCCAUCCAAGGCCCUGCUAAAUGGGUAUUCCAUUUCUGACAUUGACAAAGAGGUGGACCAAAUUUUGGCCCAAGCCGAGGAAAAGAAUACAAGAGCUGCAGAUGGCUCUCCUAGCAACAUAAGUGAAUCAAGUGAAGCUUCAAAAAUCGCUGAGGUUGACAGCGACGACACUCUGCCACCUAAUCUGCAGCAGAUGGUUUUGCAAGCGUUAGAGGAUAUUAGGAAGGAAUCAGCAGAAGCAUAACUGUUAUAAAUAUAGUGAUAUAUGAUAUAUUUACAAAAUUUACAAAGGUGUCGCUGUGGAUUAUCAGAGGUUUAUAGUUAAGCCUGAUACCAACUUCUGGUCAUUUGAAUGCAUUUAUAUUUAUGCAUUAAGUCAGUUGCGUCGUUUGCAACAUCACUUAAAAGAAAGGGAAGAGUAGAACUUUUUGCUAAAAAAUCAUUUCCUUAAGUCAUUUUUAUUUUAAUUUUGCAUUUAAUUGUUCCUCCGUUUGUCUUUAAACGAAUAAUUUGCUACGUUAAUGUUUACUUAAUUUGUAAUUUGUGAAUUCAAAUUAAUUUUAUUGUUUGUAACAAUCAGGUGAGUUUUUGUUGUGUUUACAGUCAAUGUUACAUUAAAAUAAACAUUUGAGCAUUAAAGUGAACAAAUUAAUCCGCA